ACCGUGUCGUCUCUUCUGAUUGGCUGCUGCUCUCUGGUCCGUCCCGCUCAUGAGGUAACCCCGGCUGUGGUUGUUGAUGCCCGUGGCUGGGCCGUGAUGGGGCAGAGGGUGUCGGGUGUGGUGAAAUCCGCAGAUGAGCCGGAGACAAGCGAGCUGGCGUAUCCGCCGGUGUGUGCGUCGCUCCGUAGCCGCGGCGUCCCGUUACCCGUCCGUCUGGAGCUGCUGUUGGACAUGCCGCCGGCGGGACAGGAUGUCCAGCAUCAGCACGCCUGGAAUCCAGACGACCGCUCACUCAAUCUCUUCAUCAAAGACGACGACCGGCUCACGUUCCACCGUCACCCGGUGGCCCAAAGCACGGACUGCGUGCGGGGAAAAGUAGGAUUUACCCGUGGUUUGCACGCUUGGACUUUGCGCUGGCCUGUACGACAGCGCGGCACGCAUGCCAUAGUCGGGGUCGCGACUUCUUCAGCUCCCUUGCGAGCCGCCGGAUAUUCUGCGCUAGUCGGUAGCGACAUCGAAUCCUGGGGUUGGGACUUGGGACGAGGUCGACUUUACCACGACAGGAAAAGCCGGACCGGCCCGGCGCCGUCAUACCCGGAGUUUAUCGAGGAUGAGGAGGAUGAAGGGACGUUCUCGGUGCCUGAAGAGAUUCUGGUGGUUCUGGACAUGGACGAGGGAACGCUGGGAUUCUGUGCCGAUGGGAACUACCUGGGCGUAGCGUUUCGUGGGCUGAAAGGGAAGAGGCUGUACCCAAUCGUCAGCGCCGUGUGGGGUCACUGCGAGGUCACCAUGACCUACGUCAACGGAUUAGACCCUGAACCUCUGCCACUUAAGGAGCUGUGCAGAAGGGCGGCACGACAGGCUCUGGGACGACACCGAAUCCAUCACAUCCAGUCUCUGCCACUGCCACAGACGCUCAAGAACUACCUGCAGUACCAAUGAGAGACGCACACAGCCAAAAAAUCACCGGCGUUCACUGAAAACGCACUCAGAAAUGAUCUGCAGGGCUGUAGAGGCUUUGUGCUGUGCACAGACUUGAAUUAAGUGUCGUAGGGAAGGACAGAUUUGACCAGCCGGACAACAAAUAUCUGGUUUUAUACAUGAUUAUGAGGUGACUAAUGAGAAGGUGUUUGUAUUUGUGCGUGAGAAUGACUCAAGUUCAUGUCUUCCAUAGAAAUAAUUUUCUUAAGAGCUGAUGAUUUUGCUUUUUCCUUCACUUUUAUCUAAACACUAAGGACCUAGUUUUAUGGACAUAAAUCCAACAUAAUUAUAUUAGACUAAUGAUUUUUUUUUUUCUUCCAGAAAACAGGUUCUUAUUCUUUUACCGGUCUUAACUAAUACACAUCCUCAGUGCCUGAGAUCUUUUAAAAUCUUUUUCCGUUCGUGUUUAUUAUGAGUUUAUUAUUUCGUUCGUGAUCAUGAUGAAGCUGAUUAAAUCGGUUCCAGGUGUUUUUAGUGUACAAACGCGACUUUGAAAUGUCCGUGAAGCUGAUUUUUACAUGAAAUGGAUGCGUGUCUUUUUCACAGAUCAAACGGAAACCUGCAAGACAGCAGACGCGACAUUGUCCUUUUGUGACCUUUGCAGUGUGAAUAAAAAUAAAACUCCAAAGCCAAA